AUGGGGAAGUUUAACAUAUUAGCCACUAUUUUUUGCUUUGUGCUUUUUUGCCUCCCGGAUCUCUAUUGUGGGACGUUUCACGAUAAAAAGAUCAAUUUGAAGAUUGAGUUGGUCGACAAAGAUUUGUUGCUAUCUCAUGAGCACUUGAAGAAAGAGAAGAACAUUGUUCAGAAUGGGAAAAAAAUUAAAAUUAAAAUUUUCGAAAAAAUAAAGGAAAAUGUCCUCGAGCGGGCCUUAGUCGUACAAGAAGUGGACAAAAUUAAAGGCUUGAGUGAAUCGAAGAGGGGCAGCGCCGCAAGUUUGCAAAAUUUGAGUGGUGAUGCGGGCGACGAUGGUGCUGACAGGACUGAUGAUAAUGGUGAUGACAGUGCUAAUGAUAAUGACGAUGAUGAUAAUGGCAAUGAUGCCGCUUCGGCUGGGGGAGAACAUGCUGGGAGUGAGGAGGAAAUCCCUGCACACGACGCAAGUGACAUGAAAGUUAUUUCAACCGAGGAAUCUACCGAAAAUGAUGUCCAUAUGCUGCGCAAGGUCUAUCAGAAAAAAUCGGAUGAAGAAUCUACUACUUACUGCUACAUGAGGUACACAUUUAAUUUAAAUUUGGAUAAAUUAAGCGAAAAUAACAAGAGCGAGUUAUUCAAAGGAUUGGAUAAAUCGCUAGACUAUAUGUCCUUUUUACCGAAAGAGGAUCAAGUUAGUGAUACCGAAGAGAUUCUAGAUCAUGAGUACAAGCAGUUGGACAAAUCGACCGAGUCAAAUGACUCCAUCCUAUCAAGUGUGGAACUGAGGAAUGGUAAUUUUAAUCUUAAUUCAUGCCCUAAUUCGGAGUAUGCCGAAACGAUCGAUGAUAUUGUUAGCUACUUGGAGAGUGCAAGUAGUAGGUUCAUCAUCCCUUCGUCAAUCAAAAACAAAUUAUUGAGCGAAAGGGAUCUUCUAAAAGGGUGCGAUGAAGUGGAAGCAGGUGAUGCGAGUUCGACCGAUAAUGCGCCUGACGCCAAUGCUGAAAAAUUUGCACUUUACGAAAUAUUGACAAAUUUAAAGGACUCUUUUAUGAUGAAAAAAAAGGUAAUAAAUUUGCUACGCAAUGGAAGCACUAAUGCGGAGGAUGCUAACAGCGACAGGGUUGCAGAAAAAGACCUGGACGAAAUUUUCAUAGACUCAGUUGAGCAGACAUUUGAUUGCUAUGAAGUGCUGAAAGGGAGUCAGCGAUUAGAUUCUAUAUUGGCGAGCGAGGAGGGGAAAACCCUAGUGGAAGAAUCACCUAACACGAAAGAGGUAGAUAUUAAGAUUCACGAUUUUAGAUAUGCCCCAGGGGAAACCUCGGAGGAGAACUCUUUGGCUAGUGGUGAUGAUAAGGACAAAUGUGAAGUCUUUUUUAGAGCAAUUCUGCAAAGUGAAGUAUUUGCAGAUGAUUCGACGUUUUCGCGAAAUUAUGUCUCUACGAAAUUGAGCAGUGCGUUUAUGGGUGAUGACAGUCAGAUGGGUGUGACAGCUAGCGAAAGGGACACCCCUAAGGAGGAUACUUCUAACUGGCAAGAAAGCCAAAAAGUUUUCGCAGAUACUGCGUCCUUUGUUGAUACGUCGACAGGGAUGAUAAGUUACGAAAUGGACGACGAGGGGGAAGAAGUGGACGCGGAUGAAGUGGAAGUGGAUGAGGAGGAAGAUUAUAACGAAGACGAUUGCAAGAAGGAAUGCAAUAUGGAAUGCAAUGGGGAAUGCGAUAGGGAAUACGAUGGGGAAGACAUUAGGGAAUGCUAUACGGAAUGCGAUAUGGAAUGCGGUAAGGAAUGCGACAUGGAUGGGGAUGAUGAUGAGGAUGAUGAUGACGAUGAGGAGUACGGUGAUGAUAACGAUGGUGAUGACGAUGAGAAGCAGGGUGAGAAGUUCCGUGAGAAAUUUUGUGCGGAACCCGACCUCUCAUCACUAGGCAUGAAGGACCUGUUGGGUAAUUUAUUAAAAAAGGGGUCGGAACAUUUAAUAGAUAAAGCUACAAAUAAAGUGUCCAGUGUCAUAGGGGAGAACUUCAACAUGGACGAGCUAUCCAAGAAGGCUAACAAAAUGGUGGGGAAAAUUAAAGAAGCAUCUAAAAAGGGUUCUAUGAAAUAUAAGGAGGCAAAAAAAGGGGUAAAGAAAUUUCUUACGAAGGCGAAAUUGGUCUCAAAGAAGAAUGUGGAUAAACUUAAAAAGGAAGCGAAAAGUGGAUUCGAGAACCUAAAAGAUGUGGGAAUGGAUGGCUUUCGUAAACUUAAGGAUGCGGCAAAAAGGGAAGGAAAGCGUCUCAAAAGGGAAGGGAAAGAAUUCGUCGAUAAGGCUGUGCAUGUAGGGAAGGAUGCGAUUGAUAAAGUCAAAAAGGUAACGAAAAAGGGUAUCGAUAAGGGGGAAAAAAAGGUGAAAAAGAUGAAAAAGGUGGUCAAAAAGGGCAUCGAUAAAGCGGAGGAAGUGGCCAAAAAGGGCAUGGAUAUGGCGGAGGAAGUGGCCAAAAAGGGCAUGGAUAUAGCGCAGGAAGUGGCCAAAGCAGGAGUAAAAAAAGUGAAGAAAGGCAUCGAUAAGGCGGAGAAAGUGGCCAAAAAGGGCAUGGAAAGGCAUGAAUAA